CUUGACGGGCAAACUGUUUCCCGUCCCUGCCCAGAAUUUUCAGCUAACUGGUCGGUGCCUGGCCAGAGAAGUCUCAUUCGAUCCCUGAGCAUUCUUCAAUGGAUGUCUUCGGUGGAGCUCCGAGAUUUUUAUCAUAUCCCAGGACGUUCACGGUGCCCAAUGGGGCAGACGCCGUUCUCAAGUGUCAAAUCGCUGGGGACCCUCGUCCGACUGUGAUCUGGGAGAGGGACAAGACUCAGAUCUCACCUCACGGUCGCUACCGGUUCCUGGAGGACGGCAAUGUCUACAGCCUGGUGGUGUCGCAGGCGAGGGUGGAGGACAGUGGGCAGUACAUCUGCAAGGCCAAGAACAGCGUGGGGGAGACCUACGCGGCCGCCACCCUCAAGGUGGAGGAGUGCGACGGGGACCCGGAGAACCGGCCGGUCUUCGUGGUCAAGCCCACCUCGGCCAGGGUGGUCCGCGGCCACGACGUGGUCUUCACCGGGCGGCUGGCCGGCUCCCCGACGCCGGCGGUGACCUGGGAGAAGGACGGCAAGAAGCUGACCGAGAUCUUCGAGAGCGGGCACUUCAGCGAAGGCUGCGACGGCGAAGGCUGGCACCACCUGAAGAUCUUCAGCGCCCGCAUGCCCGACGCGGGGGUCUACCUGUGCAAGGCGCGCAACCCUCUCGGCGAGGCCAUGUCGGCGGCCGUCCUCCUCGUGGAGCCGGGCGACGCCCCCCACGAGCCAGCCCCGCCCACAACCGCCAGCAACGGCCUUGGGGUCAGCGAGGGGUCGGGCGCCCAACGGAUCCGGCGCGAGGCGCGGCGCGGGAAAAGGCACCGCCUCCCUCACCGUGAGCCGCAGUCAGCCUCCGGCGUCGCCCGCCAGAGCCACGCCACUGAAGACCCACCGAGGGCCUGCAAAGUCAAAGUCUUCUCCGUGACAGAGGGCAAGCACGCGAAGUUCCGGUGCUAUGUCACCGGGAAGCCCAAGCCCGAGAUUUUCUGGAGAAAGGACGGUCGGCUGGUCGCCCCUGGUAGGCGUCACCUCCUCUACGAGGACAGGGAGGGCUACUUCAUCCUCAAGGUGCUGUACUGCAAGCAGCAGGAUAAUGGCCUGUACGCUUGUGCUGCCUCCAAUGCAGCUGGUCAGACCCUCAGCUCAGUGCUGCUCAACGUCAAAGAACCUCGCAUCAAAUUUAAGAACCAGUUGCAGGAUGUCGAGGUGAACGAGAGGGAGCAGGCGAUCUUGGAAUGUGAGGUCCCGGGAGACUCGAUCCCAGCUGUCUGGUAUCUUGAAGACCGCAAGUUACACUCCAGUGCCAAGUACAUUAUUGAGCAGCAAGGGGCAGUACAUCGCCUUACCAUUAAGGAUAUAACCAUGGAUGACGAUGGAGUUUACCUCUGUGAGAUGAAAGAUGGUGGCAGGAGCAUUGCUGAGGUGGCAGUAAAAGGUAAAAUCGUGAAGCGGUUACCACGAAAACUGGACGUAGUGGAGGGAGAGAAUGCAGCCUUCUGUGUGGACCUCGAUGAGGAGAAUGUGGAGGUGUCCUGGUACAAGGAUGGGGAGCUGCUGACUGAAUCCCAUAAAACAAUCAUCAAGUCCUUUGGGAAAACCCACAUUCUGGUCUUUGUUAAUGUCACAGUGGAAGAUUCUGGUGUCAUCACCUUCGUUAUCAGUGACUCCAAAUCAUCAUCGCAGCUUCGUGUGAAACCCAGGAGACAUAUACCUCCCAGUGCCCCAGUGAAUGUACGGAUGAGCUGUGAGAAGCCCAAUGUAGCCUCCCUGCUGUGGGCAUCACCACCCGACUGCCAGCGGAAUGGGGUGACUGGUUACGUGAUUGAGAGACAGGAGCUGGGCACUGAGGAGUGGGUGCGCUGCCUGACCACUGAUGGCAGCACAGUAGUGGAGAUCCUGGGAGAGAGCGUUUCCAAUGAGGCCCGCUACCGAUUCCGGGUCUGCUCCGUCAACAACUAUGGGAAGAGCGAGCAGGUGGAAUUCCCUGGAGUGGUGCACCUAGUCCCUUCGGCGAGGAUUCGGACUCACCUCAGUGACAUGACGUUGUAUCAGGACACUGAUGCAGAGUUCACCAUUGAGCUGUCCACCUCUGUUCUGGGAACAUGGCACAUGAAGGGGCAGCAGCUUCACAAUGAUGAAAGGUUCAAGAUCGACCAGUCGAGGACACGUCACAUGCUGCUGAUCAGAGGAGUCAAAGUGGAGGAGAAUGAGUCGGAGAUAACAUUUGUUGCUCAUGGAGUGCGAGAUUCGGCCAUUCUAUUUGUCAAAGCUGUUCCGGUGAAGAUCACACUGGGUCCAGGGAUGGAGACCGUGCAGCAGCUCACAGCCUCCGAGUCAAUUGUCCUUUGUUGUGAGGUGUCAAGGCCCAACACCAAAGUCCAGUGGUGUAAAGAUGGAGAGAUCCUCACUCCAAGUGACCGUGUCUCUGUCCAUUCGUCAGGCCACGUUCGGAAGCUCGUCGUCCAAUCUGCCCGGCCGUCAGAUUCUGGACAAUACGUCUGUGAUGCUGCUGAGGAUGCCCUCAUGUUCACUGUUAAUGUUUUGGAAUCUCCAGUGAGGAUAGUGAAUACAACCGAUGAUACAAAGAUGGAGUAUCUCACUUCGGAGUGCAUUGUGUUGACUUGUGAGCUCUCCCGCUCCAAUGCUGAAGUGAAAUGGUAUAAAAAUGGACUGGAAAUCGAAGGAAGUGGAAAGGUUAAGAUGGAGUCACAUGGAGUCCACAGGAGUCUAAUUAUUGAGAAGGCUGGAACAGAAGAUUCUGGAGAAUAUGUCUGUGAUGCAGGGGACGAUUCCAUCUUCUAUGACAUCACCGUGAGAGAGCCUCCAAUGAGAAUUGUCAACAGUUCCUCUUCGGUGUUGAGUGUACUGACUGGGGGUGAAAUUGUCCUCUCGUGUGAGGUCUCACAACCCAAGGCAGAAGUGAGAUGGUACAAGGAUGGAGUGGAGGUGGAGCAGAGUGAGAGAUCCAUGAUGGAGGUGGACAGAAGGUACAGGAAGUUGACCAUUUGCCCAGCUGCUCUGGGGGACCAAGGAACGUAUGUGUGCAAAGCAGUUGACAACUCAGCGAAGUUUGAAGUGACUGUGUCUGAUCCUCCGGUGAGAAUUGUCAACAGCACCUCUCCGGCGUUGAAUGUACUGACCGGGAGUGAGCUUGUUCUUUUGUGUGAGGUCUCGCAGCCUGAGGCAGAGGUGAGAUGGUACAAGGAUGGGGUGGAGGUGGAGCACAGUGAGAGGGCCAUGAUGGAGGUGGACGGAAGAUGUAGGAGGCUGACGAUCCACUCUGCUACUAUGGGGGACCAAGGAACAUAUGUGUGCGACGCAGUUGACAUCUCAGCCAAGUUUGAAGUGACUGUGUAUGAACCUCCGGUGAGAAUCAUCACCAGUUCCUCUCCAGUAUUGAGCGUACUGACCGGGAGUAAAAUUUUCCUCUCGUGUGAGCUCUCUCAGCCCCAAGGAGAGGUGAGAUGGCACAAGGAUGGGGUGGAAGUGGAGCAAAGUGAGAGAUCCACAAUGGAAGUGGAUGGAGCGUGCAGGAGGCUGACCAUCUACCCAGCUGUGAUGGAGGACCAAGGAAUAUAUAUGUGCGAUGCAGUUGAUGACUUGGCCAAGUUUGAAGUGACUGUGUCCGAACCUCCGGUAAGAAUCAUCAACAGUUCGUCUCCAGUGUUGAGUGUAUUGAUUGGGGCUGAGGUUGUCCUGACGUGUGAGCUCUCUCGGCCAAAGGCCGAGGUGCGUUGGUCCAAGGAUGGAGUUGAAGUAAAGCAGAACGAGAACUGCAGGAUGGAGGUGGAUGGAAGAUUCAGGAGACUGACCAUCCGUCAGGUUGCAGUGGGGGACGGAGGAACAUAUCUGUGUGAUGCAGUCGAUGAUACGGCCAAGUUUGAAGUGACUGUGUCUGAGCCUCCUAUAAGAAUCAUGAACCAUUCCUCGCCGGUGUUGAGUGUACUGAUCGGGAGCGAGAUUGUCCUGUCAUGUGAACUCUCACGGCCCGAGGCCACGGUGAGAUGGUACAAGGAUGGGGUCGAGGUGGCCCAGACCAAGAGGUCCACAAUGGAAGUAGACAGAGGCUACAGGAGGCUGACUAUCCGCCAGGUUACAUUGGGGGACCAAGGGAUGUACCUGUGUGACGCAAUUGAUGACUCAGCCAAGUUUGAAGUGACCGUUUCUGAGCCUCCUAUAAGAAUCAUGAACCAUUCCUCGCCGGUGUUGAGUGUACUGACCGGGAGCGAGAUUGUCCUGUCAUGUGAACUCUCACGGCCCGAGGCUACGGUGAGAUGGUACAAGGAUGGGGUCGAGGUGGCCCAGACCAAGAGGUCCACAGUGGAAGUAGACAGAGGCUACAGGAGGCUGACUAUCCGCCAGGUUACAUUGGGGGACCAAGGGAUGUACCUGUGUGACGCAAUUGACGACUCAGCCAAGUUUGAAGUGACCGUGUCUGAGCCUCCUAUAAGAAUCAUGAACCAUUCCUCGCCGGUGUUGAGUGUACUGAUCGGGAGCGAGAUUGUCCUGUCAUGUGAACUCUCAGGGCCCGAGGCCACGGUGAGAUGGUACAAGGAUGGGGUCGAGGUGGCCCAGACCAAGAGGUCCACAAUGGAAGUAGACAGAGGCUACAGGAGGCUGACUAUCCGCCAGGUUACAUUGGGGGACCAAGGGAUGUACCUCUGUGAUGCAAUUGAUGACUCAGCCAAGUUUGAAGUGACCGUGUCUGAGCCUCCAGUAAGAAUUGUCAACAGUUCGUCUCCGGUUUUGAGUGUACUGACUGGGGCUGAGGUUGUCCUGUCAUGUGAGCUUUCUCGGCCCAAGGCUGAGGUGAGGUGGUACAAAGAUGGAGUUGAGCUGAAGCAGAACAAGAACUGCACGGUGGAGGUGAAUGGAAGACGCAGGAGACUGACCAUCCGCCAGGUUACAGUGGGGGACGGAGGGAUAUAUCUGUGUGAUGCUGUCGACGAUUCUGUCAAGUUUGAAGUGACUGUGACCGUGCCUCCGGUAAGAAUCAUUAACAGUUCAUCUCCGGUAUUGAGUGUACUGACCGGGGCUGAGGUUGUCCUGUCUUGUGAGCUCUCUCGGCCCAAGGCCGAGGUGAGAUGGUACAAAGAUGGGGUUGAGCUGAAGCGGAACAAGAACUGCAGGAUGGAGGUGGACGGAAUUCGCAGGAGACUGACCAUCCGCCAGGUUACAGUGAGGGACGGAGGGUUAUAUCUGUGUGAUGCGGUUGACGACUCGGCCAAGUUUGAAGUGACUGUGACCGAGUCUCCAGUCAGAAUCAUAAACAGUUCCUCUCCAGUAUUGAGUGUGCUGACAGGGAAUGAGGUUGUCCUGUCAUGUGAGCUGUCACGGCCCAAGGUCGAAGUGAGAUGGUACAAGGAUGGAGUGGAGGUGGAGCGGAAUGAGAAGUGCACAAUGGAGGUGGACGGAAGACGCAGGAGGCUGACCAUCCAGCAGGUUACAGUGGGGGACCGAGGAACUUACGUGUGUGAUGCAGUCGAUGACUCAGCAAAGUUUGAAGUGGCCGUGUCUGAGCCUCCAGUAAGGAUUAUGAACAGUUCCACCCCAGUAUUGAGCGUACUGACUGGGAGUGAGGUUGUUCUGUUAUGUGAGCUCUCUCAGUCUAAUGCCGAGGUGAGAUGGUUCAAGGAUGGUGUGAAGGUGGAGCGGAAUGAGAAAUGCACAAUGGAAAUAGAGGGAAGACACAGAAGGCUGACUAUCCGCCAGGUUACACUGGGGGACCAAGGGAUGUACCUGUGUGACGCAGUUGAUGACUCAGCCAAGUUUGAAGUGACCGUGUCUGAUCCUCCGGUAAGAAUCGUCAACAGUUCAUCUCCGGUAUUGAGUGUACUGACCGGGGCUGAGGUUGUUCUGACGUGUGAGCUCUCUCGGCCCAAGGCCGAGGUGAGAUGGUACAAGGAUGGGGUUGAAGUGAAGCAGAACGAGAACUGCAGGAUGGAGGUGGAUGGAAGACGCAGGAGACUGACCAUUCGCCAGGUUACAGUGGGGGACGGAGGGAUAUAUCUAUGUGAUGCUAUUGACGACUCGGCCAAGUUUAAAGUGACUGUGUCCGAUCCUCCGGUAAGAAUCGUCAACAGUUCAUCUCCGGUAUUGAGUGUACUGACCGGGGCUGAGGUUGUCCUGACGUGUGAGCUCUCUCGGCCCAAGGCCGAGGUGAGAUGGUACAAGGAUGGGGUUGAAGUGAAGCAGAACGAGAACUGCAGGAUGGAGGUGGAUGGAAGACGCAGGAGACUGACCAUUCGCCAGGUUACAGUGGGGGACGGAGGGAUAUAUCUAUGUGAUGCUAUCAACGACUCGGCCAAGUUUAAAGUGACUGUGUCCGAGCCUCCGGUCAGAAUCGUAAACAGUUCCUCCCCGGUAUUGAAUGUACUGACUGGGAAUGAGGUUGUCCUGUCAUGUGAACUGUCACGACCCAAGGUCGAAGUGAGAUGGUUCAAGGAUGGGGUGGAGGUGGAGCAGAAUGAGAAGUGCACAAUGGAGGUGGACGGAAGACACAGGAGGCUGGCCAUCCGGCAGGUUGCAGUGGGGGACCGAGGAACUUACCUGUGUGACGCAGUUGACGAUUCAGUCAAGUUUGAAGUGGCCGUGUCUGAGCCUCCGAUAAGAAUCAUCAACAGUUCCUCUCCAGUAUUAAGUGUACUGACUGGGGAUGAAGUUGUCCUAUCAUGUGAGCUAUCACGGCCCAAAGUUGAAGUGAGAUGGUUCAAGGAUGGGGUGGAGGUGGAGCGAAACGAGAAAUCCACAAUGGAAAUGGAUGGAAGACGCAGAAGGCUGACCAUCCACCAGGUUACAAUGGGAGACCGAGGGAUGUACCUGUGUGACGCAGUCGACGACUCGGCCAAGUUUGACGUGAACGUGUCCGAGCCUCCAGUAAGAAUCGUCAACAGUUCGUCUCCGGUGUUGAGUGUACUGACCGGGGAUGAGGUUGUCCUGUCAUGUGAGCUCUCUCAACCCAAGGCUGAGGUGAGAUGGUACAAGGACGCAUUUGAGGUGAAGCGGAGUGAGAACUGCACAUUGGAGGUGGACGGAAGAUGCAGGAGACUGACCAUCCACCAGGUUACAGUUGGGGACAGAGGGAUAUACCUGUGUGAUGCAGUUGACGACUCAGCCAAGUUUGAAGUGACCGUGUCUGAGCCUCCGGUAAGAAUUGUCAACAGUUCGUCUCCGGUGUUGAGUGUACUGACUGGGGCUGAGGUUGUCCUGUCGUGUGAGCUCUCUCAACCCAAGGCCGAGGUGAGAUGGUACAAGGAUGGGGUUGAGGUGAAGUGGAAUGAGAACUGCAGGAUGGACGUGGAUGGAAGAUGCAGAAGACUGACCAUUCACCAGGUUACAGUGGGGGAUGGAGGAAUAUAUCUGUGUGAUGCGGUUGACGACUCGGCCAAGUUUGAAGUGACUGUGUCCGAGCCUCCAAUAAGAAUCGUCAACAGUUCCUCCCCGAUAUUGAAUGUACUGACUGGGGGUGAGGUUGUCCUGUCAUGUGAGCUGUCACGGCCGAAGGCCAAAGUGAGCUGGUUCCAUGACGGGCUGGAGGUGGUGCAGAACGAGAAGUGCACAAUAGAAAUGGAUGGAAGAUGCAGAAGGCUGACCAUCCACCGGGUUACACUGGGAGACCGAGGGACGUACUUGUGUGACGCAGUUGACGACUUGGCCAAGUUUGAAGUGAAUGUUUCUGAGCCUCCUGUAAGAAUCGUCAACAAUUCCCCUCCAAUGUUGAGCGUACUGACUGGGGGCAAGGUUGUCCUCUCGUGUGAGCUCUCACGGCCCAAGGCGGAGGUGAGAUGGUACAAGGAUGGGAUUGAGGUGGAGCAGAGUGAGAGGGCCAUGAUGGAGGUGGAUGGAGGACACAGGAGACUGACCAUCCACCCAGUUAUAAUGGGCGAUCGAGGGACAUACCUGUGCGAUGCAGUUGAUGACUUGGUCAAGUUUGAAGUGACUGUGUCCGAACUGCCGCUUAAGAUAAUCAGACGGAGUAAGGGUCCGGCAGAGCACAAAUAUCUGACCUCUGAGGACUUUACACUUCAAUGCGAGCUGUCUCGGUCGGAUGGUGUUGCCAAAUGGUACAAGGACGGGGAGAAGGUGGUGGAAAACAAGAGGAUCUCCAUCAGAAAGGAGGGAAUGUUCCAGUCGCUACGGGUUCUGGAUGCUGAUACAACAGACACUGGAGAAUACCUCUGUGAUGUCCAGAGUGACAGCAUUGUAUUCAAAGUGUGUGUGGAAGGAACACCACAUCCAUCCUCAAGUAGGGUGACCACAACUGGACAAAGUAUGCCAGAGCCACCGAUUAAGAUAAUUAGACAGACAGAGGGUCCAACAGAGCACAACUACCUGACCUCCGAGGUCAUUACACUCCAGUGUGAGCUAUCUCGGCAGGAUGGUGUUGCCAAAUGGUACAAGGAUGGGGAGAAGAUGGUGGAAAAUGAGAGGAUCUUCAUUGGGAAUGAGGGAACAUUCCGAUCACUGCGGGUACUAGAUGCUCGGACUACAGACUCGGGAGAGUACCUCUGUGAUGUCCAGAGUGACAGCGUUGUAUUCGGAGUAUGUGUGCAAGAGCCACCGGUUAAGAUAAUCAGACAAACUGAGGGUCCAGCAGAGCACACGUACCUGACUUCAGAGAACAUUAUGCUCCAGUGUGAAGUGUCACGGCUGGAUGGUGUUGCCAAAUGGUACAAGGACGGGGAAAAAGUGGUGGAAAAUGAGAGGAUCUCCAUUGGGAGGGAGGGACUUUUCCGAUCACUGCGGGUACUGGAUGCUCAGACAACUGACUCUGGAGAAUACCUCUGUGAUGUCCAGAGUGACCGCAUUGUAUUCAGAGUGCAUGUGGAAGAGCCACUGGUUAAGAUAAUCAGACACUUUGCAUGUCCAGCAAAGCAGAAGUACCUGACCUCUGAGGACUUUGUGCUCCAAUGUGAGCUAUCUCGGCCAGAUGUUGUUGCCAAAUGGUACAAGAAUGGGGAGAAGGUGGUAGAAAAUGAGAGGAUCUCUCUCAGAAUGGAAGGAACGUUUCGGUCACUGCAAGUUCUGGAAGCUCAAGUGACAGACUCAGGAGAGUAUCUCUGUGAUGUCCAGAGUGAUAGCAUUGUAUUCAGAGUGCACGUGGAAGAGCCACCGGUUAAGAUAGUCAGACAGACCAAGGAUCCAGCUGAGUAUAAGUACCUGACCUCCGAGGAUAUUACCCUCCAGUGUGAACUGUCUUGGCCAGAUGGUAUUGCCAAAUGGUACAAAGACAGGGCGAAGGUGGUGGAAAAUGAGAGGAUCUCCAUGGGAAGGGAAGGAACGUUCCGGUCUCUGCAGAUAUUGGACGCUCGGACAACAGAUUCUGGAGAUUACCUCUGUGAUGUACAGAGCGAUAGCAUUGUAUUCAGAGUGCGUGUGGAAGAUCCUCCUGUAAUGAUUGUUGGAAGCUCCCAUAUCUCGGAAGAUCGCAGUUUCGUUGAGUCUGAGACCAUUGCUAUGACAUGUAAACUAUCCCAUCCAGAUAUGCAGGUUCGCUGGUACAAGGAUGGGAUUGAGCUGCAGCCCAGUGACAAAAUCAGGAUCGAGUCACGGGGUCUGAUAAGGGAGCUGAUGAUCUUCGACUCUGAACCAUCCGAUUCUGGACAAUAUGUCUGUGAUGCUGACUCAGACAAACUGACCUUUAAAGUGACUGUCACAGAGGCCCCAGUGUUGUUUACAAACAAGGAGAAACAUCCGGAAGAAGUUUAUGCCAAUGAGAAUGGACAGGCUGUGCUCGCAGCCAUUGUCUCCAAGGAGCCAGCCAAUGUCACUUGGUAUCGCCACAAGGAGCAGGUGACCAAGGGGGAAAAGUACGAGAUGAAGAAUGAGUCGCGUGUGCACAGUCUGAUCAUCAAGAAUGUCCUGAAGAAUGAUUCUGGGUUCUACAUCUGUCGCUCCACAGAUGAUGAGAUGAUCUUCAAUGUGAACAUGACUGAGCUGCCACUCAUAUUUGUGCUGAAGCUGGAGGACGUGUGCAUUCAGAGAGACGGCUCCAUCACCCUAUGGUGUGAACUCAACAAGGUGAAAGGUGACGUCAUGUGGCUGAAGGAUGGGAAGGAGGUCCGUCCCAGUCGCAAGCACAUCAUCCGAGCUGAGGGGCGACUGCGAUCCUUGACCCUGUGCAAAGCAACACUUGACGACGAGGGUGAAUACUCGUGCGAGUCUAAGGAUGACAGGACAGUGGGAAGAGUGUCCGUGAGAGUUCCCCGGGUCGUGGAGUUCAUCUCCGAUCUCCGCAGUAUCACUGUGCUGGAGGGAGAUGACGCUAAGUUCAAGUGCAUGGUGUCCCCAGAGGAUGUGAGGCUGUCCUGGCAAGUGCACGGCAUGGAAGUCCCACCAGGCAGCACGAAAUAUGUGACCUCACGAAAUGGUCUGUGUCACAUGCUGCUGAUACAGGACUGCCAGCUUACAGAUAUUGGCCAAGUGAUAGCAGAGGCUGAGGGAAUUGUCUCCACUGCCAACCUUCAGGUGCAAGAGACCCAGGUUGUGUUCACCAGGAAGCUGGUGAGCGUGGUAACAGAAGAGCGGCAAGAUGCUACUUUUGAAGUAGAGGUAAGCAAUGAGUCAGCCGAGGUCCAGUGGAUGAAGCAGGGAGUGGUCAUCCAGUCCAGUCCAAAGUUCAUUCUGCAGCAAGACGGCAGGACCAGGCGGCUAAUUGUAUGUGACACUGUGUUCUCUGACCGAGGGAAUUACCGCUGUGAGACCCUGCAUGACAGAACACAGGCCAAACUCAUCAUUGAACCUCGAAGGAUAUCAGUGAGGAAGCCUCUGGAGGACAUGGAGAUCUUUGAGAAGGAAGCAGUCACCUUCCAGGUGGAAUUAUCCCACCCAGACGUUGAAGGCAUGUGGAUCAAGGAUGGAAUACGAGUGAAGCCCAACAACAACCGGCGGAUCAGCUGCACAGGAAAAGUCCAUAGCCUCACACUGUCCGCACUGACACUCGAGGACUCAGGCACUGUCACAUUUCAGGCCGACAAUGUCCGCAGCAUCUCACGGAUAACAGUCAGAGAACCCCCAGUCACAUUCCUGAAGGAGCUAAAAGAUCUGCGGGUUCCAGAAACUACUGCCGUCAUCUUGGAGUGUGAGCUGUCCCGGCCCAAUGUAGAGGUCAUCUGGUAUAAGGACGACUUGGAAAUGAAACCCAAUAAAAACGUCCGGAUUUACUCAAUGGGGAGGAAGCGGAUUGCUCAGUUGGGGAAGUGUGAAGUUCAAGAUUCUGGAACUUAUUCCUGUGACGCGGGUGAAUGCAAAACCUCGGGCAAGCUGGAGGUGUUUGAACAGGAAAUUCAGAUUGUGAAGGAGCUAGAGGAUCAGGAAGUUCGAGAGAACAACAAUGCAGUCUUCGUCUGUGAAGUGUCCCAUGCAGAAGUGAAGAGUGAAUGGUUACAGAAUGGAAAUAGAAUCAAAUCAAACAGCAAUGUCAAAAUUAGACAGGAGGGGACCAAACAUUUCCUGCUGAUCUACAAGGUGAGGGCAGAGGAUGCUGGAGAAAUUCGAUUCAGAGCCAAGAAUGCCGAGUCUGUCGCUCGUCUAGAUGUCAAUGAAUUGCCAGUCAAGAUUGUAAAGCCUCUGCGGGACAAGACUGCACUGGAGAAACACAAGGUCAUCUUGGAGUGUAAAGUUUCCAAGCCACAUGCCCAUGUAUGUUGGUACCGGGGGGAAGAAGAACUGUAUGCCAGCAGCAAGUACGAGAUCUGCAGCGAGGACUGCUACCGGCAGCUGGUCAUCCAUGAUGUCAGCUUCGAGGAUGAAGACACCUACACCUGUGACGCCUUUGAUGACUGCUCGUCUGCCAAGGUACUUGUGGAAGAGCAAGCCAUUCUGAUAAUGAAGGAUCUAGUGGACAUGGAGGUGACAGCCCCUCAUGCAAUCCAGUUGGAAUGCGAGGUGUCAGUGCCUACGAUCAGAGCCCCUCAGUGGAGCCUGAAUGGACAGCUCCUUCAGAAUGGGGAUGGGGUCCGCAUUGAAAACAGAGGGACUAUCCAGCGGCUGAUCCUCAGCAACACCUCGCCUGACAUGACCGGAGUGGUGAAGUUCACUGCAGGGAAGGCACGUUGCAGUGCUCAGAUAACUGUCAAAGGUGAAUAGAAGCACUGGGUUGGAACAGAUUCACUCCCCACCUGGGAAUUGAACACACACAAACACAAACACAAACACACACACAUGCUCCAGGAAAACAUUGUCCCUGGACCAUAAUGCCAGUCAUGUUUUGCUGCCUGCUUUAAGGGACUGCUCAAUUCAUCUUCACUCUUUGCUUGAAAAGAGCCAACAUCGCAUGGAGAACUCCUCAAGUCUCCUCCUCCACUCACUGACUCAGGAUAAACCGAGCUGAUGCAUUGAGGAUGGUGUCAACUUCCCUGGAUUGUCCUGGAAUCUUCAGGAAUGAAUCUCCCAGAUGUAGCUGCUCACCAAACCUAGGAGUAACAACAUAGUGGCAGUGUUUCAAAAACACACCGAGUACUAUUUAAUUUUCUAACUCUUGAGUUAUAAAAAUGUCAGAGAUUUGGGCAAAAGGCACAAUCGAUUAAGUUGAAAAUCAAGUUAGCUGAUUUAUCUGGGUUGUUGCUGCUUGGGGCUCCAGGGGGUCACAUUUGGACCCAGGUUUUUCUUGGGUUGAGAGGGGGAAUAUAAACCUUUCCUUGUCAGAAUGUCCUUGGAGAGAGAGAGAGAACGUAAUGUCCAGUUUGCUUCAAGCAUUCUAUGACCAGCACAGUAAGGAUGAGGAUGCAUAUACCCCUCCCAUCCACCAAAAGUAACAUUGUCGGAAUUGAAUUUGUCGUUUUCCUUUGACCUUUGUUACAGUGAUCCUUAGGGGAUGUCAAUUUGAAUUUUAACUUCACCACCAUCUUAUUUUUAAAAUAACAUCCAAGGUCCCAGCACAGAGUCACUAUCCAGCCAGAAGCUUGACUGUAAUGCACCUUAAGUUCAAAUUGUAUUGUGAUACACACACACACACAGCUUAGUCCAUUUGGGCAGCCAAUUACAUCCAGAGCAAGCCAGUAUCUUCUGACCUUUAUUGUGUUACCUACUGACCUCUGUUAUUGCCAACUACUGCGAAUGCUCAGCAUUCAAGAUCCUGGAUCCUGAUCCAAGUUAGCUUACCUGCUCUGCCAUAUACAUACUCUUGGAUCUUCACUGACCAAAUUUCCUUUUAUCCGUUCUGUGUGGGCUCCAAAGGUAUUGCCCCCACCUAUACCUAAUCAUCCUCCACAGCCAUGACAAAGUCACCUAGUCAUCACUAGUCUCUAAACCUGUCUCAGUGCACCGACCGAAAACCCUCAUCCAUGCUUUUGUUUCCUUCAGCCUUCACAUUUCCAAUGCAUACACAUCGACUCUUCCAUUUUCUGCAAUCUCUAGAUUAACUGACGUUCUGCUGCCUGUGUCCUAAUUUGCACCAAGUCGUGUUCAUCUGACACUCCAAUUUUGGAAAUAUUCAUUUGGUACUCCCCAGAUCGAAGCUGCUAGAAUUUGAGAUCUUCGAGGUGGUGUUUCCCAUUGAAUUUAAUGUUUUCCCUGACACUGGACUCAGUGUUGUAUUGUCAUCAUUAGUACUCUUUCCUGACCUUUCUCUCCACCUCAUCUUACCUUCACAUCAUCCCAGAGUUUGUGCCUUCAGCCUUAGUUCCUUUACCUCUUUCAAGACUAAACCAACUUUAAAACCCAGAUCAGUGACCAAACUUACGGUUGCUCUUUCCUAAUUUCUCAUUUGUCUCUGUCCCCAUUUUUAUGAACCCCUUUGAUCUCCAAGCAUGCCAUUUGCCUUGUAUAUUAAUAAAGGAAUAACAGUGUGGAAUCUUCACACACACCACCAGCAUUAUACCCCAGCAAAAACCUUAGUGAUGCACUGGUUAGCAGACAUUAUGAAUUGAUUGUGUUUAUUGUGGUUGUUGUCCAGGGAUCUUCACAGUGCUUGAUUCCAGUCAGCAAUACAAUUGGUUUGUGAUGCUGUUACCUCCUUAUAAAAAAAUGUUGCACCA